UUUCAGAUAUGAAGUACUGGAGGGACCGCUCGUCGAGAGGUUCAGAGCUGCGAACCAAACUUUUGAAGGCGAUGGCAUUAUCAAAGUAUGGCCGCCCGGUUGCGCCAUGUUUGCCGAGUACCGAAACUACGCCGACAGGGUGCGACGCUUGGCAGUGAGGGAGGAUGACGUCUGGGUCGUGACAUACCCCAAAUCUGGAACGACGUGGAUGCAAGAAAUGGUCUGGCUUCUUGUCAACAAUCUGGACUACAAAACUGCCAGGAGCAUCCUCCAGACAGAGAGGUCACCCUAUCUUGAGACUGGGUGUUUGGUGAAAGAAGCAGCCAGAACUAAAGCAAACAUUAGAGAUUCUGUACGUGAAGUGGAGAUGCUGAAAUCUCCACGCUGUAUCAAGACCCAUCUGCCACUGCAAAUGUUGCCGGAACAACUGUGGACAGUGAGGCCCAAGAUCAUCUACGUGGCUCGGGAUGCGAAGGACGUCGCCGUGUCCUACUACAAUCACCACCGCCUCUUCUUUGGAUACGCCGGCUCAAUUCCAUAUGGUUCCGUGUGGGAUCACAUUUUGGAUUUCUGGAAGUUGCGCCAUGAACCAAACGUGAUAUUCACUACAUAUGAAGAGAUGAAAAAGGUAACAUCUCCCAUCUACCAUUUACAGGGCACUAAUAUCUUGAUGCACUUCACGGUGUAUCAUAUAGGAGUACAUACACUCAGAGAACUGGCGGUUCAAGUCCUGACACUUGCACUCACAGUGGGCGUGUGCCUUGGUACACGGACAGCAGACUUCCUGAACUGCACCCUGAACUCCGAAGAGAUGAAGCAACUCUGCGAUCACCUCAGCUUUGAGUCCAUGAAGAAUAAUCCUUCAGUAUCACAUGAAAUUGAAGUGGCUAAACUUCGCGGAAUGCAGACGAACAUAAAUGGAGAAAUACAGCCAUUUAUGAGGAAGGGUAAGGUUGGAAGUUGGAAGCAAGACAUCACGCCAGAAACAGAGAAGAAAUUAAACCUCUGCACCAAA